ACAAAAUCCUUGGUGCACAUGGAUCAUAAAUCAAUUUUGUGGCGCUAUCAGGUUUAGGAAAUUUGCACCCAUGUCUCUUGGCUGGUCUGGGAAUGCCUCUAACACAGAGCUGGAGGAGGUGGAAAUAGAUGUUUGCUAAACCUGCUGCACCUGUGACCCAACUGCAGGACCCCUGGACAAACAGGACUUCUCUGCGCGUCAUGGCGUUCCCAACUCUUCCCUCAGAGGACUUCACGGAGCACCCCUGGGUGUCCGCGGCUCCCCUCAACAACGCCUCCUUCUCUGAGGACCCGCUGCUGGAAGCGUCCAAAAGCAACGAGACGAGCGGAGCUGCAGGCAGGAACAGCGCGGGGCUCAUGAUCGCCGUGUGCAUCACCGCGCUCUACUCUCUCAUCUGCGUGGUGGGGCUGCUGGGGAACGUGCUGGUCAUGUACGGAGUGGUCCGAUACACGAAGAUGAAGACAGCCACCAACAUUUACAUCUUCAACCUGGCCCUUGCCGACGCCCUGGCCACCAGCACCCUCCCCUUCCAGAGCGCCAAGUACAUGAUGAGGACGUGGCCCUUCGGGGAGCUGCUGUGCAAAGUGGUCAUCGCCAUCGACUACUACAACAUGUUCACCAGCAUCUUCACGCUCACCAUGAUGAGCGUGGACCGCUACGUCGCCGUGUGYCACCCGGUCAAGGCCCUGGACUUCCGCACGCCCGCGAAAGCCAAGCUCAUCAACGUCUGCAUCUGGAUCCUCUCCUCUGCCGUGGGUGUACCCGUGAUGAUCAUGGCUGUUACCAAGGUGACAGAUAAAGGAAACACAGCCUGCACGCUCAGAUUCCCUGAACCGGAGUGGUACUGGGACACGCUGACYAAAAUCUGCGUCUUCGUCUUUGCCUUCGUGGUGCCCGUCCUCGUCAUCACCAUCUGCUACGGCCUGAUGAUCCUGCGUCUGCGGAACGUGCGCCUCCUGUCGGGCUCCAGGGAGAAGGACAGGAACCUGCGGCGGAUCACCCGCAUGGUCCUGGUGGUGGUGGCGGCCUUCAUCGUCUGCUGGACCCCCAUUCACAUCUUCAUCAUCGUCAAGACGGUGGUGGAGAUUGACAACAAGAACCUGGCGGUGAUGGCUUGCUGGCACCUGUGCAUCGCCCUGGGCUACACCAACAGCAGCCUGAACCCCGUGCUCUACGCCUUCCUGGACGAGAACUUCAAGAGGUGCUUCAGGGACUUCUGCCUGCCGUACCGGUCCCGCUUGGAGCAGAGCAGCUUCUCCAGGGCCCGCAACAGCGUCAGAGGGCCCGCCACGGUCUGCGCUCCGSCGGCGGCUCAGAGGGCGGCUGGCUGACUCAUCAUGGCUCAAUCAGCAGGGGGGUCAGCUCAGACUGAGGACACACAGUCCGAGUCCACAGGUGUUUGACCUACUGAUCCAUAAACCAUGGACCACUGUGGACUCGUGUCACAAAUGGUCUUUGUCUUGGAUGUACCUACGUGUGCCUGUGCAUGAGGAAAUGUAGACAAAUGGAAAUGAAGUGUUGGUGAGAGCGUGCUGAGCGAUCACUCAUUUAGUUAAGAUUGUGCUGAAAUGCUUCCAACUGUUUUGGCUCCAUUUUGUCCCACUUUGGAGAUAAUCCACAUCCACGCUAGGYGAGGAGACAUCUACUUAUACUCUGUGUCCCAAGUGUAACUGGCAGACAAAAUUAUGAUUUAAUUAAAGUAAAGCGAUCAUGACUCAGUUUGUUGCUAUUCAAACUUAUUUCCAAAGAAAACAUUUGCAGGACUCUGUGUAUACUAUGAUUAAAUCAACUUCAAAUCAAAUCAACUUUAUUUAUAAAGCACUGUAAAACAGCGGCCGCUGACACAAAGUGCUGUACAU